AUGGAGGAAAGGAAGGAAGAGGGAGAAGCCGAGAUCCAGGAACACGGCCCCGAGCACUGGUUUUCAAAGUGGGAGCGCCAGUGUCUAGCCGUCGCCGAACAGAGUGAGCCACUCGGCGACGAAGACACGGAGCAAAACCAGCAAAAGCUGUGGCACCUCUUCCAGAACUCUGCCACGGCGGUGGCGCAGCUCUACAAAGACAGAGAAUGCCAGCAGCAAGGCCUUUCCCUGUGGGUGCCCUUCCAGAAUGCAGCCACUGCUGUAACUAACAUGUACAAAGAGAGCACUGAGGUCCGCCAGCGCAGCUACGACCUGGGGAUUCAGAUCGGCUACCAGCGCAGGAACAAGGAAGUCAUGGCAUGGGUGAAAAAGCGCCGGAGAACUAUUAGGCGGGAGGACCUCAUCAGCUUCCUUUGUGGCAAGAACCCCCCUCCCAGGGUGGCCAGGGCCCCGCCUCGAGGAGCCAUGGUGUCCGCCAGCCGGCCACCCCCGCCCGAGACGGGCAGCUCCGUAGAAACGGAUCUACAACCCUUCAGAGAAGCCAUUGCCUUGCACGGUCUCAGCGGUGCCAUGGCGAGCAUCUCCGUACGCUCGACGGGCCCACCGCCCGGCUCGCCAACCCACCCAGCAGUGGCGCCAUCCCACGGCCGGCGCCGCAACGGCCUCCACGACGUAGACCUGAAUACCUUCAUAACCGAGGAGAUGGCCCUCCAUCUAGAUUCGGCCGCCAACCGCAAGCGGGCUGCCGCCCCCUGUGCCGAUGUCAUCACGGACUCGCCCACGCAUAAGCGUAACCGGAUGCUCUGA